UCGCUUAACUUCAGUUCGCGGAGAACCUUAAUUCUUGUUUUUAUUUGAUCACACAACACACAGAAUGGCAAUUGCAUACAAUCUUAUCAGCACGGUUUGAGCUCGUCAGUUGCGGUCGGCUAACGAAAAUCAUAUUAGGAGGUGGGCAGGUCUUGCACCAUUCAAGUAUCUCUCGUGUAAAAUGGAUGACCGACAGCUGGAAGAGGCGUACGAGCUGGCCUGCCGUCUUACCAAGGAAUGUGGCCCCAUAGUAUUGGAUGGGUUCCUGAACAUCUCGAAAACGGUAGAAACCAAAGGCAAUCGUCACUGGGAUGUUGUUACUGAUUACGAUCGACGCGUUGAGGAAGUGCUCAUACAGGGACUGAAAAAACGCUUCCCGGACCAUCGGAUGUUGGGUGAAGAAUCGACAACGGCCGAAAAUAGAAGGGAACCACUGGAUCAGAGACCGACCUGGAUCAUCGAUCCCAUCGACGGAACCAAUAAUUUCGUGCGCGGCGUCAAGUUUAUUGCCAUUUCGGUGGCCCUGGUUGUCGGUGGGGAUUUGAAAAUCGGGAUCGUAUUCAAUCCCUGUUUGGAUGAGUUCUAUUCGGCUGCCAAAGGAAAGGGAGCGUUCCUGAAUGGACAGAAAAUUACUACCAGUGGAAUUCAAGAUCUCAAAUCGUCUCUGGUGGGUCACGAGUUUUCCAUCGCCAGUCACCAAGGUGCUAGGCCGUACAUCUUCGGUCGUGGCUGUGAGUUCAUCAAGGAGUGCACGGGGCUGCGGGCGUUCGGAUCGGCGGCUCUUACAUUGGCCUAUUUGGCGAGCGGAAAUAUAGAUGUGUAUACCAUUGAAAUGUUGGCGCCGUGGGAUAUUGCUGCCGGGGCUUUGCUGAUUCGGGAAGCCGGUGGAACUGUUAUGAACAUCAAUGGAGGUGAAUACGACAUUCUUAAACCCGAUAUUAUUGCGGCCGCUAGUGAUAAGUUGGCCCAACGAGUGUUGGAGAUUGUUCGGAAAGUCAAUGAUGAUGUAGAACAGAAGUAAUAUUCUGGAUGAAUGCAUUUACUGAUCAUUAUUUUAAUAAAUAGAUGAAUUGAGUAAACUUCAUAAAAUUUUGAAAUCAAUCCGUGAAAAGACGAUGCACGAUUCAGAAAUUUGUUUCUUACCAGUACAAAAAGUUCUGGAAGAAGGACCCAAACCCUAAAAACGAAUUGAAGACAGACUGAUUGAAAGGUGAAAUUUUCGUUUAUUUUGUAUCCG